UUGCCUUAUGACGUAAGCAACAUACUCUGCACAUAAAACGUGUGACAUCUAUAUACUGCAUUCAGUUUCAGGCAGAACUUUCGAUAGGCUACAAUCUACAAUCGAUUACGCUCGACGCUAGAAAUAUUUGUUUAGGAAUGGCUGGUGGCGGAGAUAUUGAAAUUGACUAUGACGGCGAAGACAGUAAAGACACCUUUAGGGUGAAAGUAAUAUGUUUAGGCGACAGUGCCGUGGGAAAAUCAAAGUUGGUUGAGAGAUUUUUGUUGGACAAGUAUAAACCGCAUCAGCUCUCAACAUACGCACUGACGCUGUUUCGUUAUGAAACGAACGUAAACGAAGAGUCUGUUACAGUAGACUUCUGGGACACCGCUGGUCAAGAAAUGUUUCAGUCGUUACAUCCAUCAUACUACCAUCAAGCGCAUGCGUGUAUUAUGGUAUUUGAUGCAACAAGAAAAAUAACAUACAAAAAUCUUGGUAAAUGGUAUGAGGAAUUACGCUACUACCGGCCACAAAUACCCGUACUUUGUGCAGCAAAUAAGAUCGACGCCAAUAUGGAAGUUACCCAGCGGUCGUUUGCUUUCUCUCAGAAAAAUAACUUGCCAUUGUACUAUGUGUCUGCUUCAGAUGGGACCAAUGUUGUGAAGCUUUUCCGUGAUGCCAUACAUGGAGCUGUGCAGUACAAGAAGAACCCAACAGACAUCUCUGAUCAAAUACUGGAAGAGCUUGAAAGGCUGUGAAUGUAAUACUGUAAGGAAUCGUUUGUUGUACUGCUGUUGAACUAAAUUUGGAACAUAUUAAAUUUGCAUCAGGGUAAUUAAAUUUUAUUCUUCAAUUGUGCACCCCCACAGUUCAGCAGACAUUCAGUUCAUAAUACAGAUAGAAUGCAGUUCUUUGCUCUAUUUACAAGUAAUGUUGGCAUGUUGUGGUUCCCAUCUCUAAGGAGAGACCAGUGUACUUAGGGCUACCUUUUAUGACAUAUUACAAAUAAGUAAAUUGCUGAAGUUUUGAGUGUUAAAAAUACACCUUAAUCUACAAUGGAAGCACUACCGAUAUUAAUUUCAAACGUUCUUCAUAGCUGAUAUGGUACUGCAUUGUUGACUCCUACAGUUUUUCAUGUGACCCUAGUUUCAGAGUGGUUUUUUACUAGGUGCCACGCUAACAUGCAAUUUUUAUUCAGUUAUGGCAAUUCACUUAAAUAAAGGGAUUAUGAAAUGCCUGCAUAUUUCUGCAUAGAAAGGGAAAGCAAAUGUAACACACUUCUUGAACACCUACAUGAAACUGGUGUAUUUAAUGAUACUAAAAAAAGAAACAGAGCUCUAAUUUAAUCAAAGUGGUACCUAAUCGACAUUGUUUACAAACUGCAUUUUUCAACAGUUGUGAAGCUCAUGGAAUAAAUAAUGCAGUUUAAGGUUUUUGAUGAGGUAGAAAAUUUUUACAUUACAUGUCAUCCCCUCUGCCCUUCACUUUUACUGCAUAAUGAUAAAAGCAACUCUCCCCCAACCAGUGUUGCUAAACACAACACCCCCCACCCUCCUUCCUUGUUAAGCUUCUUGUUUAGGAAGUUCAUUGAAAGUGUGCCAGUUACAGUGAUCUGUAGGCACUGAAUCAGUGUUUUGACUGUCUUCUUCAUAAAUUUACCGUUUCUCUUUAGCACCAUUCAUAGCUUCUUCCUAUUGGCAAUGUUCUGUUUCCCACCUGCUUUGUCAACGAAUUUCGCAUAUGUGUCAUAAUUCUGCAUCUGCUUGUAGGGUGCCCUCGAUUAAUCUUUGAAGAGGUAUACACUUGUUUUGGGGUAAGGGAUAUAGGCCUAGUACUUCGUUGGCAGAUGCAGUGAGUUGUUGAAAAGGAUAACUAAUCUUAUGAUUAAUUGGAAGUAGCAAUAGGACAGUUUUCAUUGAAGAAAGAACAUUCUUUUAAACUGCUGGCUUCUCAUUUUUAUAAACACACAAUAUUUAUAUCCCGGGCACAUUGUUGACAAGUGGCUCUAGAUGCUAAUGUUUACAGUAAUUUAUAAAAGCUGAACAUCUUUCAGCAGCAGCACUUUUUUUUUUUUUUAAAUAAUACCUCUUUAUUAGCUGCUAGAAUCAUUCCAUGUUUGCUUAGUUUGUUGCAGUGUCACCAACUGAGUACCAUAAAAUUGUCCCAGAGAUUUUCCCAUGUAACAUACAUAACCUUGGGUGUAUUGGACUCCCGUACACUGAAUUUGUUGAGUGAUUCUCAUGUAUUGAAUUCUAGUCAAAAGGAACAGGUAAAUGUAAAACUGAGAAUCUGAGCUUUUGGUAUUUUUUUCAGUAGCAACAGAUGGUUUUGAGGUCAAGCCACAACUGAUAAUAAAGGGCCAGACAUGAGAUGAUGCAUUCUUUCCUCAUACCAUCUUUGCUCAUCAGGUUCUCUUUGAUCUCUGUAGUAUGUAAAGAAAGAACUGUUCAUUUCAAAGUCUCUAGUUUCACUGGUUUCUUUGAUAUUACUCAGGUAUGAAUUUCCUCUCAGGAUUUUACCUGUUACAGGAUUUUACAGUAGAUAUAAAUGUUUAGUGGUGAUGCCUUUUUACCAUUUUGUACAGCAUAGUAAUAAGAGAAAUUAAUUACGUAUUAUGCAGUGGUACUGUUUUUGUGACACAUCUUUUCAAUAUAAGGAAAAUUAUAUUUCUAUUGGAUUUCUGGACUGCAAUUUUUACAGUGUUAAGGCAACAGUACUGCAUUUUUUGAGGCCUUAAAUGUUGUGAAACCCAAAUGUGUAGCCUAUGUCAUCUACACGUAAGAACAAGUAUAUCCUGUGACUUUGUUUCAGUAAAUACAUUUUUUUAAAUAAGCAAUAUUUAUAAACCUGUUUUAGAGUUCACGGACUGACAGGGAGUACAACAUUUGUAUAUGUUGGAAGAAUGUAAGCUUAUAGCUUCUAAUGAGCUUAGUGUGUGCCUUACAAUGAGUAUGCCUAAAGUAUGUUGUGACUAGCAAGUGUUAGUGCGUCUCAGUGAUGAAAUUUUCUGGCACAUUGUUGAGUUUGAUCAAAAAAUUUUAUUUCGUGGGCACUUUGAUGCCAGACCGAAAUACAAGACAGUACUUACAUUAACUACUUGACAAGCAGCCAAUAAAUUAAGAUUAAAGUUUAAUGAGCCAACAAACCAAUAUUGCUUGUGUUACCUAUAAACCAAUAUAUAAUUGGUGAACAAAUUCUGUCUUUUUAACAUUAUAUAGGCCAUAAUUGUAUCCUGUAUUUAUAUUUGAGAAAAUUAAGAAACUAGCAAAUUUCUACAUGGGAGUGUCUUUAAAGGUGAAAAAAGUGUCAUUAACAUUUAUACUUUUAUUGAGAAUUGAGUAUGAUGGGACAGAGGUGGAUCCAUGGUAGAUGCUUCAUGAUUUGUAGCAUCUUAAUCGACAACAAGCUAAUUUUUGUGUGUAAAGAUUUGUUAAUCAAACAUGAGUGUGAUAUACCAAAAAGUUAAAUGAAAUGUUUACGAUUUUCCAUUUCAUUAAAGAUAAUCAUUUAUAUCAAUGUAUGCUGGGGAUCAAUAGCAAGGUUAAUGCUGUGAUGUGCUACAAUAACUGCCAGUAUAGUGUCUUUGGAAAAGUAGUACAUAAAUGACAUUUAUGUUUUACUUUAGUCUUUUUCAAGUAAAGAAAUAAUUGCGAAUUUUACUUGAUUUUGCAGAAAACACUGUAUAAUUGAGAAAACAUAUUGUGCUGCUUGCUUCACGGACAGUAUAAUGCAAGAACAAGAAACAGAAAUUUAUAAAUACUAGAGCAUUAAAUUUUAAACAGAGAAUGGAAUACAGACCAGUAAAACAAUGGUGCAAUCUCUACUCUGGCAUUUCUCUGAUGCCAAACAUUUACAACCACAAUGCCAUUGUCACUAUUACUAUGUGGAAGGUCAUUCUUACAAUUAGGGUAAUUUCCUGUGGAGUCCAAGUAAUUUUAGGCUACUUUUUUUAAGUCAGUGUCUCGGUUUUUCAAAAGAAUUUUACAUUGCAAAAUUUGAUGAAUUGUUGUACUUUAGAGUCUGAUGUGUGCCACAUCUUGAGCUGUAAGAAUAACUUUAUUCCAUGCACCCUAUUGAAUAAGGUUGACUGGGUGUAAUGAUAGGUCUAAAAUCCGGUGGAACACUGAACUUUGUAAUUGUUCAUGUCAGUUCUAAAUGAUAUCUACAUUAACAGGUUAAUUAUUGUAAUUGCUCAGGUUUUAUAUUCAGAUGUGUAAUUGACUAGUAGAAACAUAUUUUCAUGAAAAUGUUUCACAAAGGACCUGUAGAAAAUUGUUAUACUCACUAUACUUACACGUCUUUCUUUUUCAUAAAUGUGAAGAGUAUGUAAAUAUAUGUAAACUGAAAUGAAAUUUAUGAUAAUUCUCAGUUAAACUUUAUCUUUGAAACAUUGUGCAGUGUUUUUGUGAACGAUGGUGUCACUGAAUUAGUGCACUUAUCAGACAUCUGUAUAAAACUGCUGUGACAGUAUUGUAUUCUUUAUGAUGUUACUACACGUAAAAAUCCGUCCAAUUUGUUACAACAUAAAAGAUUUUUUGGUUGUAAAUAAAACAACUUAUUGUUAUCAAAA